GUUUUCAGCUGAUGCUGUGACGUCACGGGGGAGAGCCGAUGGACUGGAGGAGGAGAGAUGCGAAAAACAGGGGAAGACCGGAGGAGCACGAUAAAAGCUGAGACAUUACUGUGCCAGAAAGCACGAAAAAACAUGAGACCUUAAACAGCAGCGUUAACACGAUGCGUCCUUCCGUCUGCUGUUGGCAAACCAGAAAUGCGUGAAGAGCAUCCCGGAUAAAGUGUGAGCAGAAUGUCAUCUCCUGGAAUGGGCACCUCGAGCGACCCCCUGUUGUCCAGUCCUGUAGGGGGGAAGUUCGAGAUUGCCCAGCAAGGCACCUGGAGACCCACUCUGUCCAAAACGUCCAGUUUCCCAUCGUCCACCACAGGGUACCUCAGUCACAGAGCCAACAACUUCCAGAGGCAUCCGAAGCGCCGGAAACUGAUCAGGCCGUCUCCACCACCACCGCCGAACACACCGUGUCCCCUGGAACAGCUCGACCUGAGCGAACUUCCUCCGAGACGCACUUGCCCCGAGCUUCUCUUGAAUGGCUGCAUUUUGUUUGGGAUCGAGUUCAGCUACGCAAUGGAAACGGCGUAUGUCACACCCGUGUUACUUCAGAUGGGGCUGCCCGACCAGUUCUACAGUCUAGUGUGGUUCAUCAGUCCAAUUUUAGGGUUCCUUCUGCAGCCAUUUCUUGGGGCAUGGAGUGACCGAUGUACGUCUCGCUUUGGCCGCAGGAGACCGUUUAUUUUUGCCCUGGCGAUAGGGGCUCUGCUGGGUCUAACACUGGUGCUGAAUGGACGGGACAUUGGAUCGGCUGUGGCGGACACCACCCUCGAUCACAAGUGGGGCAUCGUGCUGACGGUGUGCGGCGUGGUUCUGAUGGACUUCAGUGCCGACUCUGCUGACAACCCCAGUCAUGCAUACAUGAUGGAUGUAUGUAGCCCAGAAGACCAAGACCGAGGCCUGAAUAUACACGCUCUUCUGGCAGGUCUUGGCGGCGGCUUCGGCUACAUUGUGGGUGGCAUUAACUGGGAUAAAACUGAGUUCGGAAGGUCAAUGGGUGGCCAGCUCCGGGUCAUAUACCUGUUCACCAGCAUCACCCUCGCUGCCGCCACGGCCAUGACCCUCACCAGCAUCCCUGAGCGACCUCUGCCCCAGUCCCAGCCUCAAACCAGAAGCUCUCAAAUCCUCAAGAGCCCCAAUCUUCCUCUGCCGCCCUCCCCACCUCCUCCUCCUGGAACUGCUAUGGACCAGGACGAUGAGGAGGAGGAGGAAGCCCUCUAUAACAGCCAGUUCUCCAAUCGCAAUUACCAGGAUCUACUGGGCCGCUCCAGCAGCACCAACGCACGUCUCUACGCAGGCCUCACCAGCCCCAUUUCCCCUCUGAGUCCUCUGACGCCCAAAUACGGCAGCUUCAUCAGUCGGGAUAACUCUCUCACUGGCAUUAAUGAGUUUGCUUCCUCCUUAGGCACCUCUUAUAUAGACAGAGUAUUGAUUGAAUGCUACACUGGACAGCAGACUCCAUUAGAACCCGAGGCAGUGGCUCCGCCCCUUCCACCAAGGGACACACCCCCUCCUCCUCAAAGCGAAACGCCUACCACAUAUGAAGUUGCACAGCAACGCAAACUCUCGCAGCCUAAUGGACAGUUGCUGGCGACUGAGGAGUUGCGAGCUGGUGAGCAAAAGCCAUCCAUUGAACCCGCUGACCAGCCUAAUGAUUUCCAACAAGCUGCGUCGGGAUCACAGAGAGGCAGUACCUCAGGGAUACUGAAGCGCCCCCAGACUCUGGCCUUAAUGGAGGACCCGCUAACUGCUCCAGGUGGCGGUUUGGACAACGGCCGUAGGCGCACUGUCACCUUCAGUCAACAGGUGGCAAAUAUAUUGCUGAAUGGCAUGCAUUAUGACAGUGACCUCAGCAGCACCCAUGAAGCAGCAGACUCUCAAAUGUCAAUAAAGCUGCUCUGUACUGCCAUCUACAGGAUGCCUCCAUGUUUACGAAGCCUGUGCACCAACCAUUUCCUGGGUUGGUUAUCGUUUGAGGGGAUGCUGCUCUUCUACACUGACUUUAUGGGGGAGGUUGUGUUUGGGGGCGACCCAAAGGCCCACCACGAUUCAGAGGAGUACAAGCGCUACAAUUCAGGCGUCAGCAUGGGCUGCUGGGGGAUGUGCAUCUAUGCAUUUAGUGCUGCUUUUUAUUCAGCCAUUCUUGAGAAGCUGGAGGAGCGGUUCUCAUUGCGUUCUUUGUAUUUUUUCGCCUACCUGGCCUUUGGUUUGGGCACAGGACUGGCCACUCUCUCCACCAACCUGUACGUGUUGCUGUCUCUCUGCAUCACCUACGGCGUUCUCUUCUCUUCUCUCUGUACGCUGCCUUACUCUCUGCUCUGUGAAUACUACCAGAGCCCGCAGUUCUGCGGCUCAUCAGAGGACGGGACCAGGCGUGGUAUGGGGGUGGACAUCUCCCUGCUCAGCUGCCAGUACUUCCUGGCACAGAUCCUGGUUUCGGUGGCGAUGGGCCCUCUGACAUCGCUGGUGGGAGGGGCCCAGGGCGUGAUGUACUUUUCGAGUCUGAUGUCAUUUGUGGGGUGCCUGUACUCCUCACUGUGUGUGGUGUACCAUCUGCCACCACCCGAGGGUGAGCCUCCCCAGAGUGAGACGCAGCCACUGCUGGUGCACAUUUAGACCUGAUCUCUCACACACCGGGUCCAAAAUUAACAAUCUAGAAGCAGCACACAGUUGUUUGGUAACUUUGUUUAAUUACAACAUGAAUUAAAUCACAGUGUAAAAAGCUCAUUGAUAUCUGGGAAUCAAAUCAAAGAAAUUCAAACAGUCCAGUAUGAAUGAAAUGAAAUAUCAGUGACUGCCAUGCAUCUUCAAACAACUUUUUCUGUAGUGGAAAACUUCAUUGGAUGUUUUUAGGAAAUCCUUUUUUUUUUUAGACAAAUUUGACCAAAACUAAAUUUUGAGGAGCAGAAUCAUAAUGUUCAGGUUUUGUUUUUUUGUUUUUAUGACACAAAUAUAGAAAGGUAAAACUGUUAAAUAAUUCUUUUUUCAAAAGUACAACAGAUAUACACAAACUGGGGCCCAUAAGUCUGAGACCAAACUGGAAUCAAAGUUUUUCAUGGAAAACAAAGAAAUAGAAAGAAUUCAUAAUGCAAAAUUAAAUUUAUCACAUGUAGGAUAUUACAUUUUUUGAAUCUUGUAUGAAAUGUCUAAUAUUUUUAUUAUACAUUCAUAUUAUAUAUUAUUACAUAUAAUAUAUAAGAAAAAUACACACACAAGAAAAAAGUUGAUUUAACUUGCAAAGUAGACAAAAACCAAAUAACCAAAUACUGAGUUUACAAAAAAAAAUCUCAUUCAGUUUAUGCAAAUUAGGCAAUUUGUAAUGAUUUUUGUUGUUUAAAUUUUUUUUUUUAAUAAUAAAUAAUUAAAUUAUAGCGACUUCUGGACCCUAGUGUAUACUAAAUGUACUAGUGGUGAAUGGUAAAAGUUAAUUUUGGACCCUGUACACACAGAGCCAAACAGCUCAGACUCCUUGCGCUUGCUUCAGACACAGCUUCCUCACUUUACGCCACACAUACGCAGUACUGGAGAUGUGAGAGAGGGUAAAAGAGCUGUGAUUCUGACUAUGCAUCUCACUCAGAUUUCUACACAUAAGCAUGCUGCAACAGUCACUGCAUGACAGCAAGCUUGUGUAGUGUGUGUGUGUGUGUGUGUGAGAGAGAGAGAGAGAGAGAGAGAGAGAGAGAAAGUGUGUUGGUGUUCAUGUGAUGCCUGACUACUUUCAUUUGACUUGUACAUAAUGUGAAAUGUUUUUUUUUUUACUAUCAACUCCUCAUGAAGGAGGAAGUCAAAACUGUUUAUAGCUCCCCGAACUCUCUUUCUGUGGUUCAUUGCUUUUAAUAAAAGUAAACCCCUCUCACAUAUCCAAAGCAAAUGUAUCCUGUCAGUGAAUUGUUUGAAGACCUGUUGGUUUGUUUGCAUGUAAAGCCACAUUGAUGCCUAAUUGUAGGCCUCUGUUUCCAACUGUACUGCAGUAAAACAGAGAACGUG